GAACAGAGCUUUUUGUGAAUAAAAUUGAAAUUUAGGAUAACAAGAACUAACAUCAGGAUUAGCAGUUUAUAAAGCAAAGGUAGCAAUAAGAUCGUCAGACGGCUGAUGAGUGUACAGCUCUAGUUUCACAUAGGUUCUUCAGUCAGUGGGGAUCUUGUUUGGUGCACAUGCCCCUUAUUCCUUGGGUUGGGUCAAAACAAAAUCUUGGUCGAUGGGUUUAAAAGUUACCUAACUUGGGUGUCUUGUCUCUUUGAGCUUUAAAAGUUACCCACCGAUGUUAAAUACUCAGCUGGGGCAAACGCCAAGACGAUAGAAAUGAAUCAUCGGUCAUCCAUUGUCUUGCUUUCAAGCGGUACGCUGCUGAUGUCUUCAACACCGCAGUGGAAUCAUUGGGUUGGCGGGUCCCAACCGCCUUUUUCCCUGCUUGACAAACGUACGGGCGAUAGUAAAACAAAAGCAGACCAGUUGGUGAUAAAACCGAAGCCCAAGAGCCUUAAUAACCCCUCCACUAUCUUAAUACAAAUCUGACCCAGUUAACCUUGUUUCUCUUUAACAAACCAUACAUCAGCUUACAGGCAUCAGGCCAGCUCCUUCUGUUCUUCUAUUUCUCCCACUUCCUCAACACAAACUAUUCAUCAUUUGUCCUAAUACACUCACUCCAGUUACAGCUGUUCAACUUUUUCUUUAAACACCUGCUGCCCCAAAGAUGUCUGCCGGAAUCUUUGCAGCUCCAGUCGCCGGUUCUAGCUAUGUUGGCUUGAAAACAAAUGUUCCAAAGCUGCUCCCAGCUAAGGAUUCUAUUGCAUGGAGCCGGAAAACUGUCUCCAAUGGUUCAAGAACUCAUUGCAUGAAGACAUGGAAUCCAAUCAACAACAAGAAGUUUGAGACGCUCUCUUAUCUUCCACCUCUCUCAGAUGACUCGAUUGCAAGGGAAAUUGAUUACAUGAUGAAGAAGGGCUGGAUCCCUUGCCUUGAAUUUGAUGAGGUGGGGGCUGUCCAAAGGGAGAAUAGCAGAAUUCCAGGGUACUAUGAUGGAAGGUAUUGGACACUUUGGAAGCUGCCAAUGUUUGGGUGCAACGACUCCGCUCAAGUCCUGAAUGAAAUUCAUGAGUGCAGAAAGGCAUAUCCAAAUGCUUAUAUCCGCUGCCUGGCAUUUGACAAUAAGCGACAGGCUCAGUGCAUGUCCUUUCUCAUCCAGAAACCUACCUAAGUGUACAAAUGGGUUUUCCCUAAUCUCUACAGAGCUUUUGUGGACUUCCCUGUACUUGCAUGAUCCCUCAUCCUUUCCCCCUCUUUCAUUUUCCUAUGGAUGCCAAUAAAACGGUGGAUGAAUGCUUUGUUGAGGUACUGGUAUGCUUUUAUUAGAAUGAUGUCUGCAAACCUUUUCUAUGGAUUAGCACAUGGUUUUGGCCAAUGGAUUUGCUCCCACUGUCCCCACCUGCUAAAUAAUGCAUAAUAUGCUAACAUGAAUCGGCCCCAGCCCAUUUCUUGUAUGAUUUGUCUUUUGUAUUUGAUGUUUCCA